CUUCCAUCUCAAUACGAUACUGUGAAUCAAAAUGUACGCGUCGUUUGCAGCUGGACUAAUCGCUUUGCUUGCUGUGCAAGUCACAGCAACAAGCCAGACGCGACUUGGUAGGACUCAAGAUGAGCGCCACAACCAAGGCCCCCCAGCACCGGGCACCGAUGAAUGGGCACAAUCGUACGCCAAAGCCAAAGUCUUGGUCGACAAGAUGACUCUUGAGGAAAAGAUCAGUCUCACGGCCGGCGUAAAUGUCGCCUCAGGUUGCUCAGGAACAAUCGCACCCAUCCCACGACUCAGCUUCCCUGGCAUGUGUCUUAGUGAUGCCGGUAAUGGUUUACGAGGCACGGAUGCUGUGAGCGGUUUUGCUAGUGGAAUCAGUGUUGGAGCUAGCUGGAACAAAGAGCUGGCACAGCGACGUGGUUUGGCGAUGGGCGGAGAGUUCCGCCGUAAAGGUGUAAACGUUCUCUUGGGACCGGUUUGUGGUCCGGCCUGGACUAUUGUCAAAGGCGGCCGGAACUGGGAGAGCACGUCUGCAGACACCUAUCUGUCCGGCCAGCUGACUGCAGAGACGGUCAAAGGCGUUCAAAAUGCCCAUGUCAUCACAAGUACCAAGCAUUAUAUUGCAAAUGAACAAGAGCUCAACCGAGGGCCAGACGGCGACGUUGCUGCCAUUUCUUCGAAUGUGGACGACAAGACUAUGCACGAGGUCUACCUUUGGCCGUUCCAAGACGCUGUCAAGGCCGGAAGUACCAAUGUCAUGUGCUCUUAUAAUCGCCUGAAUGAUACAUACGCCUGUGGAAAUGACAAGACUCUCAAUGGGCUUCUAAAGACGGAGCUUGGAUUCCAAGGCUUUGUUGUAUCUGAUUGGGGAGCACUCCAUGCGACCAAUGAUGCACCAGCUGGGCUUGACAUGGCUAUGCCAGAUCCCAGCAACUUCUUUGGCAAGACGUUGGUAGCAGCCGUGAAAAAUGGCACUGUGACUGAAUCCAGAGUAACAGACAUGGCUAUGCGAAUCAUCGCAUCCUGGUACCAACUGAACCAAGACCAGCAUUUCCCUAAUCCUGGCAUCGGUAUGCCUAUCGACAGGGCUGGAAACCACACGGUUGUUGAGGGCCGUGAUCCAGCUGAUCUGCCCACCAUCUUCCAAGGAGCUGUAGAGGGCCAUGUCUUGGUGAAGAACGACGCCAACACCCUUCCCCUGAGAAAUCCCAAGACGGUUUCCAUUUUCGGCUACUCGGCCAACACGCCUGCGCAUUGGACCGCAAAGACAGACCUUAUUGGGACCUGGCUUUUUGGACUCGCGCCUGUCGAUGGGCUUGAUUUUGAAAACGCCGUGAUAGGAUCCAAGGGAACAAUGAGUGUGGCUGGUGGGUCAGGAGCCAAUACGCCGGCAACCUUCACGUCGCCACAGGAUGCGUUUGUGAACAGAGCCAAAAAGGACGGAUUCACCCUGUACCAGGAUCUAACCUCCGCAAAGCCCGGAGUUAAUCCAAACUCCGAUGUCUGCGUUGUCUUGGGAAACGCAUGGGCCAGAGAAGGCGUUGACCGACCAGCCCUGCAAGACGACUACACGGAUACCCUGAUCAACACCGUUGCCGACCAGUGCAAGAAGACCGUCGUGGUAUUCCACAACGCUGGGCCACGUGUUGUAGGAGGAUUUGUUGAUCACCCCAAUGUCACAGCUCUAAUCUUUGCCCACCUGCCGGGGCAGUCUACUGGUGACGCCCUUGUGUCACUGCUUUGGGGUGACAGCAACCCUUCGGGUAAGCUUCCCUAUACGGUGGCUAAGAGUGAGUCCGAUUACGGAGAUUUGCUUGGCCCUGUGCCAGCAAAUGGUAGCAAAUCUCCACAAGCAAGCUUUCCACACGGCAUUUACUUGGAUUACAAGUAUUUUGAGAAGGGUCAUAUUGAGCCAAGGUAUGAGUUUGGCUUUGGACUAAGCUACACGCGCUGGGACUACUCCAACAUCCAAAUCCAGGGCCCCAUCGGUAACACCAACGAGUAUCCCAGUGGUAAGGUCGUUAGUGGCGGACAGGCAGACUUGUGGGAUCCAGUGGCUACAGUCACAUUUACGCUAGGCAAUGGCGGACAUGUGGCGGGAGCGGAGGCAGCCCAGCUAUAUGUUCGUAUUCCAGGCACUCGUGCGAAGCAGUUGCGUGGAUUUGAGAAGCCAACUCUACAGCCUGAGCAAAAGAAACAAGUAUCCUUCACCUUGACGAGGCGCGACCUGAGUAUUUGGGAUACUGUUGCGCAGAAGUGGCAGUUGCAGCGUGGCUCAUAUGAGAUUUACAUUGGGCGAAGCAGCACGAAGCUGCCGCUGAAGACUUAUUUGCAGAUCUAGUGACUCAUAGUUCUUACUCUCUUGGUCAUGGCUGUCAGCUCUAACUAAUACACACGGUAGAUGAAUGUAUAUGGAACUUGGUGUGAAGCUGAUGAUGGGUAUUAAAUUAUGCUAGUCUAUCUGGUAUCGUUGUCAUGAGAAAUUUAUACAAAUGCGAAAGAAUGCUGAUGGCUCUUUAAUUUCGAGCAAGCAAGGCGACUUUGGUACCAUAUUAGCAGCGUGAUUCAUCAGUGAGAGAGCAUAGAAUCGUUGGUGAACUUACGAGACCUGACUUCCCAUUUGCUCAUGUGAUACGCAGCGCUUGUCUGGGCGGACUUACUGCAAUCUUUGUUGCAAGUGUAGUCUUCCGAGAGCAGAGUAUCGAAGCUCAACUUUGAUGAUGCUUCAUGUGUGGUGAUGGUGCUCUUAGCAGGCUUGGCGUGCUUGUAAGUCACGGUAGACUUGGUGGAAGUAGACUUGGAAGACUUGAAGAAGGGCAUUGUGAAUGUGAGAGUAGGUUUGUUUGGUGUGUUUGGUGUUUUUGAGAUUCAGAUUGUAGUAUUGAUUGCUGGGCUUAUUGAAUAUAAAAAAAGACAUCACAUCGAAGAGCGCAACAAUU